AUGAAGGAUUCUGAGUCCACUAAAGAGUACUCAGAUAAGUUGAUUGGGAUUGCUAACAAGGUAAGAGCAUUAGGAACCAAUUUAUCUGACAAUAGAUUGGUUCAGAAGAUUCUAGUUUCAGUACCUGAGAGAUAUGAAGCAACCAUUGCUUCCUUAGAAAAUACUAAAAACCUCUCAAAACUCAAGGUGAUAGAAAUGCAAGGAAGAGCACAUGUUGUAGUACAGCAAGAAGAAGAUCAACUCUUUGUGGCUACUUGUUUCUCAUCAGUCACUCAUUGUGAUGGUUGGUUAGGUGAUAGUGGGUGUACCAAUGACAUGACAAGUGACAAAGAGUUGUUCAAGGACCUUGACAAGUCAUUCAAGUCAAGGGUGAAGAUAGGAAACGAUGAGUAUCUAGAAGUAAAAGGGAAGGGCACAGUGUCAAUAGAGAGCUGUGCUGGAACCAAGUUGAUUACUGAAGUGUUGUUUGUCCCUGAAAUUGAUCAAAACUUGUUAAGCAUUGGUCAAUUAGUAGAGAAGGGAUUCAAAGUGUUGUUUGAAGAAAGAAAGUGCCUCAUUUCUGAUUCCAAUGGGAAUGAGUUGUUCAAAAUAAAGAUGCAGUACAAGAGCUUCUCGUUGGAUCCACUCGAGGAGCAGAUAGCUUUCAAGUGUCAAGUUACUACUGGCUGUGUCAGCCCAACAUGGAUGGAAGGUGUAUCAGCUAGAUGUGAAGUCAGCAUUCCUAAAUGGAGUGUUAGAAGAAGAGAUCUAUGUUGA